GUUGUUUGACAUAGCACACUUUUGAUUGGAUAAAGAGGCGGAAAUACAUUGAGUGUAAAGAGCGGUACAUUUCGCGGCAAAAAGCCUGCGCCUGAAUUUUGCAGCGCGCGGAAUUGUAAGAACACAUUGGCAAGACGACUGGCCUGGGGUGAAUUGCAGCAGUGGCACCCAUAUCGUCAACUACCAUUAUUCCGAAUUGUACACUUUUCUAUUUGCAGUAAAAUGUAUAAUCAUGGUGGUUAUGGAGAGAGCACGGGUGGAGGGUACACCCAGUCUCCAGGAGGUUUUGGGUCUCCUUCAGCCUCCCAGGGAGGAGAGAAGAAGAGGUUGCGGGCCCAACACAUCAUCCCCUGCACAGUGUCCCAAAUCAAGUCGGCUAUCCAGUCCGAGGAUGUCUUUAAAGUAGGGGAGGUGGAGAUCGCCCAGGUCACGAUAGUUGGAGUGAUCAGAAGCAUGGACAAAUCCAUGACCAACAUCCAGUACAUAGUGGAUGACAUGACUGCUGGUCCUAUGGAUGUGAAGCAGUGGGUGGACACGGAGGAACUCAGUGUGGACAACACGGUCAUCCCCCCAGGCACCUAUGUCAAGGUCUCUGGGAAUCUCCGAUCCUUCCAGAACAAUCGCUCUCUGGUGGCGUUUCGCGUGAGGCCCUUGGAGGACAUGAAUGAGAUUACUUCGCACAUGUUAGAAGUGGUGCAGGCUCACAUGCAGCUGAACAAACCACAGGCUAUGAUGAUCAGUGGUGGUGGAGGAAUGGGCAUGGCCUCUGUGCCUGCAUCUAACAUGGGCAUGGGUGGCACGAACACCAUGGGAGGCGGCGGCAGCUAUGGAGGUGCCAGCUCUGUGGUCUCCAAUGGCCUGAGUCCCAAUCAGAAUCAGGUGCUGUGUCUGAUUAAGAGCUGUCCUGAGCCGCAGGGCAUCAGCAUACAGGAGCUCAAGCAGAGACUGAGCGCAAUGAGUGUCAGCAUCAUCAGGCAAGUGGUGGACUUCCUCAGUAAUGAAGGACACAUUUUCUCCACCAUCGACGAAGACCACUUUAGAUCAACUGACAACGAGGCCUAGGGCACCCCUUCUGCCCACGGCACUUGGGUCCUCAACACGCGUCAUCUCUGUCCUGCACUUCGGAGUACUCCAUCUAGUCACCAAGAGCAGUUGGCCACUGAAACCACCAUCUAACAAAAGAAUGGCCUGAUUUCCUGCCCUGGCUAGCUGGUUUCGUAGCAUCUGUUGUGUGCUUCCUGAACUGCUCUUUCAAAUUUGAACAGUUUGACAGAAUGAGCAGAGGAGCCAUUAGUAGGGUAUAAGUUGUUUUAUGAUGUAAGCAAAAUGACACAUUACUCAUACAAUACUUGGUGAAAUGUCUGUAAAUGUUCUCCUUUGUCUGUUAAAAGGAUUAAAAUAUCUUUUCUUAAAUAUGUAUAUACAAA